AACGCAAUAACGUUAGUCAAGCCUCACACCCAACAAUAAAUAAAUGACAGAGAAUCAAAGUCUCCGUCUACGAACACACUAAACAAAUCCUAAUAGUGAUUCAACAUUGGUGUUCCAAAUUCUAUCCCCAUUUUCACUCCCUUAUAUUCAUAUUAUCACUUCAUAAAUUUACAAUUAGGUUAUCUCACAAUCACAAACAAACACAUUCCAUCAUAGAUAUUCUUAUUCUUACGUAAUGAAGAGGGUCAAAUAUUGGCUAAUAGAGCACCCUUCUAUCGUCUCCUUCCGCUGGAGUCCCACCCAGUCAUACGGCGGCACGUGGUGGUUCCUCAUCUCCGCCACCUCGUUCUACGUGGCCGCCGCCGUCACCCUCCACCUCCUCCUCAAGCUCUUCCGCCUCCGCCGCGGCGUUCCGCUGGGACCACUCCCGGCCGUCCACAGCCUGGCCAUGUGCGUAAUAUCCGCCGCGAUAUUCGCCGGCAUGCUCUUCUCGGCGGAGGCGGAAGCCCGCGACACGCGGUGGCUGUGGCGGCGGACGAGAACGACGUCGUUGGAAUGGAUGCUGUGUUUCCCACUGGGCACGCGUCCCUCGGGUCGCGUCUUCUUCUGGUCGUACGUUUUCUACCUGUCGCGGUUCCUCCACCUGGUGCGGACAUUCUUUGUCGUUUUGCGGCACCGAAGGUUGUCGUUUUUCAGGCUGUUCAGCAACUCGGUGCUACUGGUGAUGUCGUUUCUGUGGCUGGAGUUCUCGCAGUCGCUUCAGGUGCCGGCGAUUCUGUUUUACACGUCCGUUUAUUCCGUCGUUUACGCCUACCGCUUCUGGACGGAGAUCGGGUUACCCGGCAAGUCGUUUUCGUUCGCCGCCAAUUUUCAAAUGUUGCUGUUGGGCUGUAAUCUGGUGUGCCACCUCGGCGUGCUCUCGUUGCAUUACUUGAGAGGAGGCUGCAACGGAAUCGGCGCUUGGCUUUUUAACUCUCUUCUCAACGCUGCUUUUCUCGUACACUUCUUGAAGUCCUAUGCCAACACUCAUUGCACAAGGAAGCCUACUUGAACAAUGAACAAUGAAGAGGCCUAUCCCAACAUAAUUAUAUUAUUACUUAAUUUAACGCCUUAAGUCACUAAUUAAUAAUUACUUGAGGAUUUUGUAAUUUGAGGACUAAUUAAGCUUCAUUUGCUGCCUCAGUUUUUUUUUUUUUUUUUAAACAUAUUUAGCUUGAUUGGGUUCUUCGUUUUCUUCUACGUCAAAUGUAAUGACUCUGUUUGUAUGAAUACAGAGCUUGUAAAGCUUUCAUUGACGGCUUUCAAAUUGAAAUUGUGCAGGU